GUGAAGAAAAAUAUCAAUCACUAUAAAUACACUACUACACCCUACCUCUCAACAUAUUAUUCUCUAUUUUGGAGUUUUUCUUGAAAAAAAUUUAUUCCCCAAAAAUAUCAAUGGCAUCAUCAUCAGAAACCAAAUCAUCAUCAUCGAAAACCGAACAGAAAAAGAUGAUAACCUAAAUCAUCAUCAUCGAAAACCGAACAGAAAAAGAUGAUAACCUUGCAAUCAUCAGACAAAGAUGUAUUUGAGAUUGAACAAUCGAUCCUGAUUCAGUCAGGAACCAUAAAAAACAUGGUGGAGGACGAUUUCACUUUUAUCCCACUACCAAGCGUUGAUACAGAAACCCUAAUCAAAAUUAUCGAGUAUAUGAAGAAGCAUGCAGACAAGACAGAUUCAAAGGAAAAAAAUAUCAAAGAAUUCGACAAGGAUUUCAUGAAGAAGACGUUGAAUGAACUAUUUGCUCUUGUAUUUGCUGCAAAUUACCUUCACAUUAGCAGUUUAUUGGAGCUGUUAUAUCCGUCAAUUGCUGAUAGAAUUAAGGACAAAAUAACAGAGGCUAUUCGACAGAUAUUUAGUAUCCGAUGUGAUUUCACACCAGAGGAAGAAAGAAGGAUUAUUAUGGAUAAUAAGUGGGCACAUGAAGGGACAGAAAUUGAAGGAACUCUUGAUUAGAUUUAUUUAUGUUUCUUUCGGUUUAAUUUGAUUUAGGGUUUUCGUUUUUGGUCAUUAGUUUUUUGUUUAGGGUUUUUUG